CAGUAGUUGGACGUGGCACAGUGCGGAUCGAAGCAGGUCAUGGCGCAGUGGAAGCAGGACGUAAUAUUGAGCCUCAUCAGCGCGUACCGUUCGAGAAGAUUCCUCUGGGAUCACACCGCACCCGAGUACACUGACCGGCACAAAAGAAUCAACGCGUGGAAGGAUAUCGCCGACGAGGUGGGCUACGAUGUGAUGACGGUGGAGAGAAAACUGAAGAGCCUGAAAACUCAUUUCAUGUCGGUUCACAAAGCAUACGCGAAGAGACGGCUCAAGGCCGAUUUGAAUUCUGGCAACGUCGUCAAGCCCAAGUGGUUCGCUUACGAGGCCUUGACUUUUCUGAUUAAAGGACGCGCGCCGCGAGUUAACCGCGAAACAUCAAACAUGGAGAAGCAGAUUUCCGCGCCUAUUUGUAAUUGGAAGCAGCCGCAGGAGAUUUCGUCAUGCCGCGACGAAUUCACCGUUUUUGCCGAGCACGUCGCCAUUCGGCUGAAAAACAUAACGGACGUACGCGCGAGGCUCGUCGCGCAGCAUCAGAUAAACAACAUCCUGUUCGAGGCCGAGAUGGGAAAGUAUAACGUACACACCUACAAUUCUCCUACGAUACACGCGAUGAUGGAGAAUCUGGACGAGCCCUCGACGUCCAACGACGAGAAAGUGGUAAUAAAUAUCUCCCAAACGGUCUAAUUCGACACACACUGACUUCCGAAUACCUGUAUUCCGAAUUACCUCGUAGCUGACGCGCGAAGACAAACUGCUCCACACGAGUUAAAUCGAAUAAGUUUGCUUUUUUUUAAGUAAAUAAAGUUUUAUUAUAAGUUUUGCUAGACAAUAAAUAUUAGAAUAAAUAUUAUAGAAUAAAUAUAAGAUUGAUGCAAAAGAUUUGUCAUCUUUCUAUUAAAUUGUAGCAGGAAAUUUGGUUAUCGAAAAGUAGGAGGUCUUCGUUGAAUGUCGAAAAGACAUCCAAUCGAUGUUGCUCCUUUUAUUCGUGAUGAAUUAAAAGUGACGAAAUCUUCGAGAUUUUGUGUCUCGACAAUUUUGUUUUCCAUCUUAUUCGAAAAACACGACAAAUAUUUGACCUAAUAUAAUUAAUAUAAUUUAAUUAAUAUAAUCUAAUAUAAUUUAAUAUAAUUAAUAUAAUCUAAUAUAAUAUAAUAAUAAUAUAAUAUAAUAUAAUAUAAAAUAAUAUAAUAUAAUAUAAUAUAAUAAAUAUAAUAUAAUAAUAAUAUUAUAAUAAUUAAAUAAUCAAAUAAAUAAAUAAUUUAAGUAAUACACUGAUUCCCUAAUGUCACUCGUGACAGUCCACGUGUUAAUCCUUCAAAAUCGAAUAAUUUCGUUUUCUGUUUUAUUUGACACAACAGAUCUGUUGAACCGAUUCAACAUAAUCGCUUGGCGUAUGGAAACAACGCAUCGAUUUCAGUUCCCUAAUGUCACAGUCGCAGUCAACGUUAAUCUACUCCCUCAUGAGCGCAGCCGGCCGCUGUCUCUCGAAUUUUUGAUAAAUUCACAAUGUCAAACAAUACGUCUAGCGUUGCUCGCGUAUAUACCUCAUUCGAUUUCAUAGCGCGAACGUUACGACAAUAAUAAUUUCUCGUUACUCUUGUCGAGGAGGUUAUACGACGAAAGUUACGAUCGUCGAUGAAAGGUCUCUCAAAGACCGAAAGAGCGUUUGGCGUGUUGGCUGAAUGCGCUCGGCCUGGCCAAUGGCUCUAUUUAUGUGCCUUACGUUUCGCCGGCAUGUCAUAUCCUUCCUCGUUACAACCGCGAAAGCCGCAUCAAAAGCCAGUUUUCGACGGGCGCAGCCGACACGCUGACAACGCGCUUCAGACAUGUAACGACGGCACGCGUGCCAUUUUCAGAUUUCAGACGCCCGCUUUUCGCUCAUUGCGACGUAACUCAUCACAAUCUUUUGUCUAAAGCCCAAUGUCCAUGAAGCGUGACUUGAAGUUGUUUUUCUUGCGAGAGGAGCCAUGCAUGCCGUUAAGUUCUAUAGAGAAAAUUGACUCUUGCUCCGUUGUGAGCUUGACGAUUAGUUUUUUCAAACUGAUUCGAUGUUAUUUUCCAUUUUGAGAGUCAAACUUAGCGGCAUAUAUGACUCUUCGCAAGAAAAAUAACUUCAAAUUACACUCCGCGGACAUUGGGCUUAACUAUCGUCUUUACGGUUAAACACAUUUUAGAAAUUUUUCCAUUCGUAAUGUGGACAGAUUUGCAAAUUCUUUUCCAAUAAUUGUCUCGGAUUUGACUCGACCACUGACCAUCUUUCUGAACAGACAUUAUCGUCCGCGAAAAAUACUGAACAUUUGUAUACGGAUCGUCGAAUAUCUCUAUACCUAAUACUGUAUGAUAUCUGUAUGAUACUUGUGAGUGUCUGAUAUUUGUAUGAUAUCUGUAUGAUACUUGUAUAGUAUAUGAUAUUUAUAUAUGAAUUUGUGUACUUAUUCCGAGAAACAGCACUCUCUGAAUUUCUUGGAGUGAAAUUUUACUCGAAAAGUGAACUGACCACCGAAUCACUCGACUUUGAGUGAUUUAUCACUCAUGUGGACUGAAUUCUCCACUCUGAAUAGUUGAACGAAUAUAUUCACUCGGAAUCGAAAAAUAAAUCUGAUGUUUUCCAUUCACAGGAACAUAUUCACUCCAUUCGACUAAAACAUUCACUCAUAUGAAGUCAGAAUCUAAGUUUGAAGUUCGCGAUUUCAUUAUUGCUUCGAGCAAAAAUAUUACUACUUUUUACUUGUUUUCAGUGAGAUUCUACUCGAAGAAACUUAGAGAGUAUGAUGCAUACUGAAAAGCAUGCAUGAACGAAACAUUUAUGUGACGUAUGUGUCACAUAUGCCAAAAUGCGUGUUAUUCUAAGUGUGUGGUAUAAGCCGAAU